UCACAGUCCACAUCAAACAGCCACGAUGCGGAUUGAGGACUGCAGCUUUUGUGGCCGUCCGGCCUACCCUUCCAAGGGCAUUACCUUUGUCAGGAAUGAUGGCAAAUCAUUCAGAUUCUGCAGAUCAAAAUGCAACCGCAACUACAAGAUGAAGCGUAACCCCCGCAAGUUGAAGUGGACAAAGGCCUACCGCCGAAACGCCGGCAAGGAGAUGACGGUCGACAGCACACUGCAGUUCGCCCAGCGCCGCAACGAGCCCGUCCGCUACGACCGCGACCUGGUGAACAAGACCAUGGCCGCCAUCAAGCGUGUCAGCGAGAUCCGCGCCCGCCGCGAGCGCGUCUUCUACAAGAAGCGCAUGGCCGGCAAGCGCGAGAAGGAGCUGGCCAUUGCCCGCAAGCUGGUCGCCGAGAACGAGCACCUGCUGCCCCGGCUCCGCGGAAGCGAGAAGAAGAGGCUGGCGGAGCUGGCGGCCCAGGGCGUGGAGGUGGCCCCCGAGGAGGAACUGCUGUCCACGCGCAAGAACACUGUCAAGGCGUUUGGUGGCGAGCAGAGGAGGCUCAAGGUCCGGGUGGACGGAGGUGUGGAGGAGGUGGUGAACACUUUCCGGGACGAGGAUGGGGAAGAGGAGGAGGAGGAGGAGGAGGACGAUGUCGAUAUGGAGGACUGAGCGGGAGCGUGGCCGGGCUCAUCACUUUUGUUACGACGAGAUUGGCCGCCGUUGGGCUGGCCUUGAGGUACAAUGUUUGUGUCUGGUGAUUGGUCAUGACUCGUGGGUCCAGCGACUCGUCAGCGUUGGGUUGGUUUCGGCGUUUAAAGGAUAUACAGUAGUAAUGCAAAACAAAAAGUUGUUCGGUUUUGGUG